UCGGGAUGAGGUGAUGCAUGCGAACGAUUGUAUAUUCGACGUGCCAAGGUCUUAAAAUAGGCUAAAGCGGAACAGUAGACCAAACAUCUGGUUCCGUAUCAUGGCCCCCACAGAGAGAGGCAGCCGUUUAUAUAUAUAUAUAUGGCAUCAUCCUGCCUUCUGCACUCCCACAAGCCACACCGUCGACCAAGAAUCAACAAUCCUAUGAAAAGUUCAAAGAAGCCGAUUGGGCCUCGCCUCUCCCUCAUCACUCCAACUUAUCCACCGCACUCACCACCCAGGGCCCAAAACGCGAUGCGUAUACCCGGAGGGUGGUGCUGAUGACGCACAGCAGCGCACACCCAUGCGUAUCGACAGCAAUCGUAAAGGAUGAAGACUGGCAUUAUUAUGCCAUCUUGGGUGGUUGUAGUUGCGUGCUUGGACGGUUUGAUAUGUCAGACACCGGGUUCGUGGCCGCGUUGCAUAGGAGCUUGUAGGAUACGAUAUCCCUCUUUACCUUCG